GCCACCACAAGCAAAAGAAAGCGCCAGUCUUAGAAACACCGCCAAAACUGAAUAUCUGAGUUUUUGUUCUGGGUUUAUGCUACGUUUAUUGGGAAGAAAUGUUGCGGUGGAAAGAUCUAUAGUCCUGAGGACUCACUGGUCAAAUACGAAGUGUAAUAUCGAUACUCUCGUCUUGUAUCCGAACACUUCUUUUGCACGGUUUGUGACUACGCCGUCUGCACAGAAAACUGCCAAUCAAACCGAUACUUCCCACCCCCUUCCGUCGCAAACGCGAAAACAGAAGAUAGACCUCAAACCUGCCCCAAUAAAAGCAUCUUCCUUGCCCCCGUCCUUUCAUUCGACAACCAAUCCAACGAAAUCCACUCCUUUGCCCCACUCAUCUAAACCUAAGCCUUCGCCUGUCGCCGUUAAGGCAGACACCACUCCGCCGCCUGGGGCUUCGGUUAUUGAACUUGCAAAAUACGAUAUUGCGCUUGCUACUGCCCAAGGUGUACUAGAGGCACCUCCCAAAGACGCAAGCUCGUUCAAGCGGUUUACACACCAGGCUAUACAGCUUUUGAAAUUCUACUUCCGUGGUCUGAAAGCUAUCAACACUCACCGCAAGCAAACAGCCGCUAUCCAUGCGCGUGUUCGAUCCGGUGGUCCCGCUAUAUCUCGUGCAGAGGCACGGUUCAUAAGGACGUAUAAGCAAGAUGCUUUGAAACUCGUUCCAUUCACUUUUCUCCUUCUCACUCUAGAAGAGCUCAUUCCCCUCGUAGCGCUAUAUGCUCCUCGCAUGUUACCUUCAACGUGCUCCCUCCCAGCACAGCACGAUCGUAUCCGUGUCGCGGCAAGAGAAAGACAACUCGACGUGUGGAAGCAGGCCGGGAACGGCGAGCUCUUCAUUCGCGCUAUACAAAAGGCCGAAGGAAGUCAAACUGAAGUAGUAUCGAUUGGGCAGAACGGCAUUGUAAAUGCUAUGUGUGGGCUUCUAGGCCUACCGCAGUGGGGCCCUUCGAGUCUUUCUAUGUGGCGACUACGUCGGCAUUUGCGAUACCUGUCGAUGGAUGACGCGUUGCUCCAUAAAGAAGGCCUCGGAAAAGAUCUCACUAUGCCAGAACUGAGCGAUGCAUUGUACGAACGGGGAAUCCUUACGCAAACUCUUACUCGCGAAGACAUGGAAGUCCGCUUAAAGUGGUGGUUGACCUUCUGCGAGGGUGAACAUCGUGAUGAGGCUACGGAUGCUGUGACCAGACGAAUCCUCGCUGUUGCAUUAGUUGGUGCACGUCGGUCUUGGUAACCAUCUGCUCUAUUUUCUGCUAAAGCUAUUAAUACUGUGGUUGAUGUGGUGGGGCCAUUGGUUUUGGGGGUAAUAAUACUAUUAUAGAACUGGAUGCGACCGGAUUACCUGGCUCCAUUUGUAUCUUACAAGCAUAUAUGUUAUUUUCAUCACUCCUCACCUCGUGGUAUACUGUAUUA